AUGUGGUGUCCGCCCACCCCGCCCUCCAGCGACGGAGACGUGUACUGCGACAGCUGGGCGCGGGCCCUCUACCGGCGGGGGGCCGCGGCCGACGCUCUCCUCCCGCCCGUCCGCUGGAGAGACUCCCGAGCCCCGCGCUCCCCGCGCCGCACCCGGCCGGCGCCCCGCUCCGCACACGCUCCUCCUUCGUUGUUCGACCGCGGCGGCCCGCGCCCCCGGCCCCGGCUCCGCGCGCCCCCCGCCCCGCCCAGGGACCACGUCACUCCUCCGCCCGACUGGGCUCCUUGCGAGGACGCGGCUCUGAGGAGGGCGCUCCGUCUGCAGCGCUUACCGCCGGAACCUCCGGCCGCUCACGCUCCCAACUGGGACUGGCUCGCCGACCUGGUGGGGGAGGUCGCUCGAGCCUACCGGUCGCCCCGCUCCUGUCGCGAUCGUCACGACGCGCUCGCCGACCCGGAGCGCGCGCGCCGCAAGCAUCGGAAACCUCCGCCGGCGCGACGUCGGCCGGACGAUGACGCCCCGCGCCCGCCGCUACAACGACUCGACGCGAUGCGGGAAGCCGCCGAGCGACGCCGCGCGGCGCCCAAGCGACGCCUGGACGACGCCUCCCACCACAACCCCAAGCACGCCGCGCUGCUCGCCGACCACGGAGUUGACUACGAAACUCCUCCCUCACCGAUGGAGGUGGCCACGCGACGAGCGGAGCGCAUCGCGAAGGAGAAGAUGAAGGUCGGCGCCAGCGCUGCCAGCGCCGGGAACGUGCCGCCGCCGGCCGCCGCCGCCGCCGCGCCUCCGCCCGUCACCGCACAGCGUAUAGUGGUGGCGGCGGCCGGCGCACAGCCCGCGCCCGGCAAGCCGGAGGUCCGCCGCCCGCGGCCGGGCGAGGCGCCGCGCGCUCCCGCACCCGCCGCGCAGCUGCUGUACCGGCAGCAGACGCUCGCCGGCAGACACCAUCUGAAAAUAUUACACCACGCGACACCCACACAGGCGCAGGGAGUGUCAGUGAGCGCGGCGGGCGGCACGCUGCAGCUGCAGCAGCUGGCGCUCCGCCGGCCGCGCGCCCCGCCGCCCGCGCCGCACCUGGUGCUGGCCCACCUGGCGCCCGCACCCGCGCACCCUACACCCUCCACACCCUCCGCACCCUCCACACCCUCCACACCCUCCGCACCCACACACCAGCAUCCCUCCGACUCGCAACAAUAA